AUGUCAAACGACAAGAUGAGUGCGCACUUCACCGAGAAGCAGCUGACCGAAUUCAAAGAGGCCUUCGCCAUGUUUGACAAGCAAGGCGAAGGGAAGAUGCUCAUCAAGGAUAUCGGCAUGAUUUUACGUUCUUUGGGCUACAACCCCACGGAGAAGUACAUACAGGAGGUAAUAAAGGAAAACUUGCCUGAAGAGAAGAUCAACCUGUCAGAGUUUAUUAAAAUAAUGGAGACUAGGGCCCCAGUCAACUGUACGGAGGAGGAGUUGCGUACGGCCUUCAACAUUUUUGACAAAAACCAAAACGGCUUCAUAACCGCCGACGAAUUAAGGCAUGUCAUGGUGAAUUUGGGGGAAAAACUGACGGAAGAUGAGGCCCAGGCCAUGAUUCAAGAGGCGGACACGGAUGGGGAUGGCAAAAUCAACUUCCAGGACUUUAUUACUGUUAUGUUGAACAAUUAA